AUGACAAAGGAACAUUCAAUUCGGAAUAUUUUUAAAAAAGACAAGACACCAGACACUGCAUCAACAACUUCAACAGCAUCUGCUUCACAUACUGGUUUGUCAAAGCUUUUCCAUAAGGAAAGCAAACCCAUCACCCCACCAAUCAAAAGAACGCCGUCGAUCUCAUCAUUGAAACGCCGCAACACUAAUCCAACCCAGACAUCUGGUAUCAGUCUCAAUAAUCAUAAUCAUCAUCAUCAUCAGGAUUCUCAGAACAAUAAUGAUACCGCUACCAAUGGUAAUACCCAUUCUUCCUCAAAACCUGUCAAUAGAAGCAGAAGUAAUUCUGAUAGGUUGGGCCACGUUCCACCAACAGGAAGAAAAGUUCUUUCCAAGGCAGAAACAUUUGCUCACUUACAACAAUUGGAUACUAGGAAUGCUGCCAAACAGCAAUUGAGAAACCACCGAGUCCCAUCAAACCAUUUGAGCUCUCCACUCAGUGCAGCUCCACAUUCAGAUAAAAUUGUUUAUAAUCCCUAUGGUUUGAAUAAAACUGCGACUCAAGAACGUCCUAAAAACACCAGUUUCUAUCUUUCUGGGGUUAAUGAUGGAGAGAGAGUAUUAUCGAACCCAGUAGCAAGUCCCAAUGACUAUUUACCAGCAGAGUUGCAUCAACAACACGUCAAUUUAUUAGAGGAUUUUGAAAUUGACGUUCAUACUAAGAAAUUGGGUGACGGUGGUUCUUCUGAUGUUCGGAUUAUAAACUCUUGUCACCAUAAGAAAGAUUUAUAUGCUUUGAAAAAAUUCACUUUGUUGUCGAAAGAAACCGAUGAAGACUUCUAUAAAAGAGUCCUGGAGGAAUAUAAAAUUCAUAGAAAGGCUGCCAUAUCAAGACACGUGGUUAAUGCAUUUGCCAUUUUGAGAAUUCAAUCUCAAUCCAAUUUAACUAGAGGUUGGGGGAUGGUGAUGGAGUUUUGUGGUGGUGGUGACUUGUUUUCACUCAUUGUUAAACCGGGUUGGAAAUCUACUCCACUUGUGGAAAAAUAUUGUCUUUUCAAACAAAUUGCUUAUGGUGUUAAAUUUCUUCAUGACCACGAUAUAGUGCAUCGUGAUUUGAAACCAGAAAAUGUUUUACUUGAUGCUAAUGGGUUGGCCAAGUUGUGUGAUUUUGGUGUCAGUGAAUUCGGUCAUGAAAUACCAGAAGAUUUCUCGAGUCCUGUCAAAUUAUCUACAGCGUACGUUGGGUCCCCUCCUUAUGCUCCACCAGAAGUCAUGUUAUUGAAAGAAAAAUCGGCUACUGAAAUAAAAGCUUUUGCUUAUGACCCAUUCAAAAUGGAUUGUUGGGGGUUGGGCAUGUUGCUAUUUUGUUUGGUUUAUGGUGGCGUGCCAUUUCAACAAUCAAGUCCCAAUGACCAUGCGUUUCGUGAUUACAAGUUCAGCCACAAGAGAUUUUGCACCGACCAUCAUAAUUUUAAAUCGAAUCAAGGGUAUCCUAGAGGUCCUGGGAGUGAAUUCAAAUUGGCAGCCAAAUUUGAAAAUAAUGGUGCUUCGAGAGUUGCUUGGAAAUUAUGUGAUCCUUCAGAAAAUACCCGGUAUACCAUGGAUAUGUUGUUUGAUGACCCUUGGUUUCAAUCUGUGGAAAUGUGUAUUUACGAAAGCCUAGAUCAAGAAGUAAAUCCAUUUGUGUUGCCCGGGACUGGUGAAAACAUUGAUACACACUCAGUUUCAGGAUAUUCUUCAGUCAACAAUUCACAGGCACCAUCUAGAAGAGGUACGUUUACUUCUCGACCAAUUGGAAGCGGUGCUGGGAGUGGAUACAAUAGCCAUGAUGAAAGUAGCAAUGGUCUCAGCUCAAGCUUUAGAAGUAUGCUAGAUUUGAAAGAUGUUCAACAGAAGAUAACAAGAACAGAUGAGCCAAUACCAAGCAACUCAUCAGUACAUUCUAAUGAAAGUUCUUCAGCAAGAACCAAGUCUAAAUUAGACCACCCAUCAUCGCCUGGGUCUUUAUUAUCACCUGGCACUCCAACAUUACAAUCAAUACCAGCUGAUCGUGUAGCACAAACAACGUCCCCAAUCAAUGCAAGUCUACCAGCAGUGGAAGAAAGCGAUAUUGAGCACGAAUCAGAAUCAGAUAUCCAACCUGAUGAGACAGAGAAUCUGGGUCUACAAAUUUUACCGCCUAUAGACGAUGUUGUGGUGGCAUCUCCUUCAUCAUUAACUCAUGAACCGCAAGAGCAAGAAGUCCUUGAUUCUGCCGAGUCUUGUAUUAGUUUGCCACCAAAUAGAGACCAAGUAUUUGCUGGAAAGGAUGGAGAAAUGUGCUCUUUGGCUGACUUGAGACCAGCUGCCUUAAAGAGCGCUACGGAUUUACAAUUGAGUGCUGAUGGUAUGUGUGAUUUGGGGUAUAAAAUAAAAAAGCAUCAUCAUACUGAAGUAAGUAACGUUUCCAACUCAAGCCGUAGGUAA